GGAACUAUGACGUAGUAGGUGCGUCAGGAGCGCGCCCGGGUUUCUAAACUUUGUCUGGGUAAGGCGCACGCUUGGCGACGUCGAAGGUCCGUCCGCAGUUAAGGAAGCUUUUGCAGCCGGACAGGUCGCGAAGCACACAUGGGGCAGGGUCCGCGCUCUCCACACAAGGUGGGGCGCCGGUUCCCAGCUGGUGGCAAACGGGGGCGCGGGGCCAAGGGGUCGGGGCGCCCCUUACCAGGCCGUAAGCGGCAACCCUGGCCGCCUCCGGAUGGGCGCUCGGAGCCGGCUCCAGAUUCGCACCCGCACCUGAGCCCGGAAGCUCUGGGAUAUUUCCGCCGGGCGCUGUCAGCAUUGAAAGAGGCUCCCGAGACUGGGGAAGAACGAGAUCUGAUGGUGCACAAUAUUAUGAAGGAAGUAGAGACUCAGGCCCUAGCUUUGUCCACGAACAGGGCUGGCAGUGAGAUGCUGCAGGAACUGUUGGGAUUCAGUCCCUUGAAACCGCUUUGUCGCGUAUGGGCUGCUCUGCGCUCUAACUUGCGCACUGUGGCCUGUCACCGAUGCGGGGUCCAUGUAUUACAAAGUGCUUUGCUACAGCUCCCUCGAUUGCUGGGGAGUGCUGCGGAGGAGGAGGAGGAGGAGGAUGGAAAGGAUGGUCCCACGGAGACCCUGGAGGAGCUGGUCCUGGGACUAGCCGCUGAGGUGUGUGAUGAUUUUCUUGUCUACUGUGGAGACACACAUGGCAGCUUCGUGGUCAGAACUCUGCUUCAGGUGUUAGGAGGGACUAUUCUGGAGUCUGAGAGAGCCAGGCCCCGUGGUUCCCAAUCAUCUGUUUGUGAUCUCCCCACUGCACAUGUUCUUAAUCUUCCUUCAGAAGCACAGAAGACCCCAGCUCAGGAAUGUAAGCCAGCUGAUUUUGAAGUCCCUGAAACCUUUUUGAAUCGCCUUCAGGACCUGAGCUCCUCCUUUCUGAAGGACAUUGCAGUGUUUACCACUGAUAAGAUCUCCAGCUUCUGUCUUCAAGUGGCUUUACAGGUUUUACACCGCAAACUUCCCCAGUUUUGCGCUCAUCUCUGCAAUGCUGUGAUUGGCUACCUGAGUACUCGCAGUUCCUCAGUAGAUGGCAGUCCCCUACUGCUAUUUCUCCGAGAUCAGACAAGUUCCAGACUCCUGGAGCAGGUCCUGCUGGUGUUGGAGCCCCCAAGACUCCAGAGCCUCUUUGAGGAGCACUUGCAGGGGCAGCUGCAGACCCUGGCUGCACAUCCCAUUGCCAACUUCCCUUUGCAGCGCUUACUGGAUGCAGUCACUACCCCUGAGCUGCUGUCCCCUGUGUUUGAGGAGCUGAGCCCUGUCUUGGAAGCUGUAUUGGCCCAGGGCCACCCAGGGGUAGUCAUUGCCCUGGUGGGGGCCUGUCGCAGAGUUGGGGCCUACCAAGCCAAGGUCCUACAGCUCUUGUUGGAGGCAUUCCACUGUGCAGAGCCCUCAUCCCGGCAAGCGGCCUGUGUGCCUCUCUUUGCCACUUUGAUGGCUUAUGAGGUGUACUAUGGACUGACGGAGGAGGAGGGGGCAGUGCCUGCAGAGCACCAGGUGGCAGUGGCCGCAGCCAGAGCCUUGGGGGAUGUGACAGUCCUUGGGUCUCUACUGCUCCAGCAUCUGCUGCACUUCUCCACUCCUGGUCUUGUACUUCGAAGUCUGGGUGCCUUGACGGGACCACAGCUUCUGUCCCUGGCCCAAAGUCCCGCUGGCUCUCAUGUGCUCGAUGCCAUCCUGACCAGCCCCUCUGUGACGCGCAAGCUGCGCCGCCGUGUGCUGCAGAACCUAAAGGGACAAUAUGUGGCUCUGGCCUGUAGUCGCCAUGGCAGCCGUGUGCUAGAUGCCAUCUGGAGUGGAGCAGCCUUGAGGGCCCGGAAGGAAAUUGCUGCUGAGCUCGGGGAGCAGAACCAGGAGCUGAUAAGAGACCCUUUCGGCCACCAUGUGGCUCGAAAUGUGGCCUUGACUACCUUCCUAAAGCGGCGAGAGGCUUGGGAACAGCAGCAGGGUGCGGUGGCCAAGCGGAGGCGGGCAUUGAACUCCAUACUUGAAGACUGAGGCUUUGGAUCUGGGACUGGGUGUUGAUGGGGGAGGGCAAAAUGGGGUAUCCACCCCAUCCCUUUCCUGGUUUAAAUUGGAGUCAGAAGUCUUAGUGGUAAAUAUUUGAUAUUUUUAUUGGAAAUGUUUUUGUUAGUUUGAGGGGAAGGGUAUGAAGACAGAUCUCAAGGUAAAGUCAGAGAGGGCUGUCAUCAGUAUGCUGGGGAGUUUAGGGACAGGAGGCAUUGGUAGGGGAUUAGAUGUAGCAGCAGUCAGGCUGGGAUCAAGAUGCCUGGGGGACAUCUUGAUCUUGGCCUUUCAGGGCAAGUGGGAGGCUAGAAAGGUGGCUAGGAAAGAACAGCAUUCUUCAGGUAAGGGUAUAGACUUGGGAUGUGAGGCGUUAUGCUGAAAGGUUCUGUCACGAGGGGAUCAGAGGACAGUGGGGAAAUUGGGUGAGUUAUCUAGCCUGUACUGUCUGCAGGUCCUGAAAUUUGAUGCUGUCAUAGUCUUUGCAGUGGGUCGGUUGGAAUGAUUCUGGGGGCAGAAGCUCAGAGCCCCUUAGUAGGAAUGGAGGCGGCCCUUCUGCUGCCACUGCUCAGCCCCCUCCACUGCAUGACGAAGGGUGGAGGAAAUUCCCAGCAACAUAUGGCCCAGGCCUUGCAGCAGUGUGGAGGUCCAACGAAGGAGCUCCCUGAAUGGCAGAGACAAGAGGAAAUCAGAUGAUUUGGAAAACUUGGGAGGAAGCCAUCAAGCUGGGAGAUGAGGACUUUCCACAAGCAAGAGCUAACUAGGGGUAGGUGGGUGCAAGAGGAGGAAUUAUGGGGACUAUCCAACUGUAGGGGAUGGGGCAGUAUGACAUGUUGAUUUCUGACCUGAGUACUUUCUUUGGGCCAAGUCCUUGAAAGUCACAACUCAUAGAGUAGAGCCCGUAGAAUGUGGCUUUGACAUUCAGGCUGCCAAAGAGGUCUCGAGGGUUUUGCUUGUACACGUCAAAGGUGAUGCGGGCGAUGUCCUUGCUGUGCUUGGGCCUCUCCCGUCCCAGGCCAUAUGACAGCACUCCACUCUGUAGGACACCCUUGUCAGUGCAGUAGAUCCUCAUACCAGACACCCACCACUAAUCUCCAUCAGCACUGGGUCAGACCCUCCCUCGCUUGGACUUUCUGUCCACUGUGUGACAUCCUUGACAAUUCCACAACUCCCCCUGCACCUGGUCCCCAGGAUCAGGGUUAAGCUAGAGAGGAAGCCCGGGAAAGCUCUAAAGGACAGGCAUUGGAAGCAGCCCCAGUAUAGGCCUCUUACCCUUGUAGGGCUCCAGCUCUGACCAGACUCCAACACCAUCAGGCACGUGUCAUCCUCCAGCAGCUGGAAGAAGUCCUCACUGUCCACUGCAGUUCCAUCCUCCUCUAGCACCAGGGUUAGCACUCCAUUCAGCAGUAGGGUCUCCAAUGCCUGCCCAAUGGCAAGAAGCAAGAAGGAAGGGCAGGUCUUAUCCCAUGCCCCUUCCCUCUUUAGCUGCCCAACAUCCAUCAGUUGGCUCUAGACAUUGGUCGAUGUCCCACCUUGACUUUCCGGCACUUUGAUACCUCCUAAAGGCUGCAGCUCUCCGUGUUCUUCAGUUUUUGGGGGAUCCUAGCUAGAGGCUGACCUUUUUCCUCUUUGCUCCUACCAUGUCAUUGGCAUCUCCCCUUGCUCCCCUCCAAGUCACUUCUGGUUUGGAAUUGGAAAGCAAGCCAGGUUCUCACGAAGUCCACCCUUCUGUCUUAUCUACAAUGCUGCAUCUCACUUCCCACACCCUCAAGAGUUCUCCAGAAGUGUUUUCAGUAAUAGUGUUUAACCUUUUUGAGUCCUUACUCUGUGCCAGGUAUGAGGACUUUACCUACAUUAUCCUCUUACUCCUUUCAACAACCCUAGGAGGUGAUGUAUUAUUAUUGCCUUUUUAUAGUUGAAGAAACUGAGGUUUUGAUAGGUUGAACAACUUCCCAAGGUUUGACAGGCAGGAAGUGGCAGAAUCAGAAUUUGAACUUGAUUUGUCACACAAAUCACCUUUCCAUACUAGCUUCUGAAUUCCGUCCCUCGAACUCUCCCUAUCUCCUGCUAACCCCGGUUCCCAUAGAAAAGCUCACUAGGUGGAAAAUGAACAAAUUGACCAGAGCUCAUUAGGCCCACUCCGCUGCUUUUAGCCCUCAGAGGGAGGGGCAGCUGUGUGACUUCAGCCCUCUGCUCCAUCAUCACAAGUUGCCACUGUUGUGGAGCCCCUUGGCUACCCCUGCUAUAGGAACCGAGGAACUUGGCCUACUUACUUUGGCUAGCAGCUCCUGGCGGGUGGCAGCUGUCAGGCCUUUCCGGAUGGUCCGCUUGUGAUCACAGACACGGAAAGGUCGCUGGGGUGGUGGAGCUGAGGUCCAGACCCUCCGUCCAAACUCCGAGCUUAUAUUAGAUACUGACCUGGUAGUUGAGAAGAAAAGUCAAGAAGGGGCGAGGAGGGGCUUGGUGAGUGUAAAGGGCAUGAUGAGGGUAGAGUGGCUAGAGGGCUAGGGAGGGAGAGAUCUAGGUUUAUCGAUUAGGGAUGAGGGAGAGACCAUGGAGUGCAGGUGGGGGCGGGUGGCUCAGGAGCUUGACAAGCCCACUGUGGAGUGGGGAGCAGGAGAGGAAGGGGUACUGGUUAGUCUCCUAGGGGCUGAGUGGAGUAUUGUUGCCCUGCCUAUAUCCCCUAAAGGUGGAGGGUAGAGUGGAGGGUUAGCAGUCACCUGAGUAAGUCACUGGGGUUCAGAGCUGAGAGGUACUCCAUGGUGGACCGGAGAGUUCCUUCCCUGGAACUUCUGGGCUGGGUGGUUCUCUCCUGUGCUGGGGCUUUAGUGGUGUUUUCUGUUACAAACCUGGGAUCUCAGCCCAGGACAAGGUGGGAAUGAGUCAAGCCUGGACUCUGGCCCCCCUGCCUGGCCAGUAAGAAGGGCAAAGUCCAAGGGGAGGGAUGAGGGAGGGGCCAGAUGGGGUCCUGGAGGAAGAAUUGCCUGGCAAAAGCCAUUGGAGCUUGUAUGUGUGUCUUUGGUGAUGACAUGUGUUGUGAGGGUAGAUGGGAACCAUGUAAAAGGAUGAAAUGUGA